ACGUAGCUCGCGUCAAAUUCUUACUCGUUAUCAAAGUGAAUAGAAGAAUGAAACUUCAAUUGGUACUACUCGUAACAUUGUUUGCUGUGGCGUAUACAUCGCCGCUGCCACAAGCCGUUAAAAGUGUGAAACCAGCAGAACCGGCCAGCGAUGUGGCGGAAGUACCAACGGCAACAGUCACAGCCCCAGAAGAGCAACCCUCGGACGACAAAGAAGCCGCGGUAACCACCGAAGUAGAGCCUGAAAAAGCCACUGAAGCAUCGGCUACCACCGAAGCCGCAGCCGAUCCUGCGCCGGAAGUGAAGUCCGAAACGGUGGCCGAAGAAGCAAAGAAAGAAGAAACACCCGCUGUUCCCGAAGUUCAAGCCGGUGCUACCAGUGAUGCUGCUGAAGUCGCGGUUGCUGCUGCCGAAACCAAAGAUGAAACUCAAGCUCAAGUAGUAGCAGAAGAAGUGAAAGAAGAUACCGUGAAGCUGUCCGAUGCCGUUGAACCCGCAGCCGUCGCUUCGGACGAUUCUGCACCAGUCGCUCGUUCCAACGAUGAGGAAGAGAAGAAGGAAGAAGCAGUAGCCACAACCGUGGCAUCAGUAGCUGCUCCCGCCGAGCAAGAUAAACCUGCGGAGCAAACAGAAGCAAAACCAGAGGCACCUGCUGCUGCUACCGCUGAAGAAGAUUCAGCUAAGGAAGUAACUGAAGCUGAAGCACCUGCCGCAACAACCACUGUAGAAACCAAAGUAGAGACUACUACUGGUGCAGCUGCCGCUGCUACAACUAAGAAGGCAGACAGCUCGGAAGAAAGCAAUGAAAGCGUAGAAUCUGAUGAGCAGAAAUCUUAAACUUAUAAGCUCAAGGUGCAACUUCCGUUUUAAGAAAAUAGUACGAGUGCCAACGAAAACCUCAUCCCUACAGUUGUUCGUUUCAGUAAUUUGUAAAUUCACAUCGAUUUGCUCAACACAAAAAAAUCUUCUAAGUCGUACAGCAGGUCCUACUCCUAAUCAGAAGAAAAAACAUUUUCACUACAAAAUUGCCUCAAAAUUCAAUUACGAUUAGAGACAGGUAAAAUUAACAUUCAAUACAACGAUCUUUGUAGAUUCUUAUGACCAUAGAGUUGGUAGUGUCUAUAGUGUAAUAUUAAGGAGAAUUACAAACACAUUUAAAUUAGUUUUAAAUAACUGAACGACAUUUUAGUAAAUACCAAUCAGAAUACGAGCAUUGAAUGUAGAAAAGAAAUUCAAUAGGUACACCAAAUAAAUCGUAAACCCAAUGAACCAACAUGAUUAUUCCAUAAUGUGAUAGAUGGCUUUGUGAAAUAUCAACUUGUAACAAACACGAAAAGUGGAUAAGAUCUUGUUUUAUUACUGUUACUCUAUUAGACGUUCCCAAUACAGCCACAUUUCAAAAGAUGCGACAUGAAUUUCAUGAACAUGAAAGAAGAAAGUAAAGCGGUAUAACUGUAGGUCAAUUAUCCACUUUCCAAGUUGUAAUUUCAAAAUAUAAAACCAUACGAUUUACACAAAAAAAAACAAACUAAUGUCAAAAGUAGUUUAAUGAAACAAAACUUAACAAAUAUAAGCACUAAAAACGAAUCUUAAACUUAGAUAUUUGAAGGCUUGUGAGUUGAUUGAUGAAAACUUAAACAUAGCAAAGCACACACAACGACCAAAUUGCCAAAAUUUUACAUUCAUUUUAAAU